CUGCAACCGCCCAACAGUCAGUGCAGGACUGUUUGAAUUAUGAUUUUCUUUGUUACUUCGUUGGUUGUAGUGUUACCUUGCUUAGCAAAUGGAUUAUCCGUAAGAACGGACGAGGCUUUCAUUUUCAAAGAUGAGGUUCUGGAGUCUACCAGUGAUGAUUGCGAUCCUUCGACAAUUCCUGUCAUGAAUGACUUCGAUAUGAAUAGGUUUUCCGGUUCAUGGUAUGAACUAGCAAAAUCUACUUCAGGUUACAUCGAUGUUGAUGAUGGCAUGUGGAAGAUAUCUAAUAGCAACGGAUCCCACGUUUUUCUGUUCAGUGGAAGAGAUAACAAUAGACAUUGUAUAAAACCAAUUAAAGGAAAAAUUUUCGCUUCUGAGCCACCAGGUUUAAUAGAACUGCACUACCAGACAUAUUCAACACACGUUCAUGAGACCGUAAGAGUGUUGUUUACGGACUAUGAAACAAUUGCUGUCAUUUAUACUUGCAUACACCACGUGCAUCAUGAAAAGGAAGUAUGCCAUAGUGCCGGUCUUUUUGGAGCCAUUUGGACCAGACAGCCGCAUGUUGAACUUGAAGUGUACGAAAAAGCUCAACAGUUCCUGGAAAUGGCUUGCAUUCAUAGAUCAGUCCUUACUGUCAGGAAUAUUGUUGGUCCCUGUGUUGUUGAUGACCUAGGGUUUCAAAUAGAUGACUUCCCAGCUCCUGAUUUCUGUUAUCAGCCAAUGGACUCUGGAUCUUGUCGUGGAAGUGUACAGAGAUAUUUCUAUGACCCAAAACAAAAAGAAUGCAAAGCUUUUUACUAUGGAGGUUGUGGUGGCAAUGAAAAUAAUUUCCUAUCAUUAUCGGAAUGUCAAAUAAAAUGUAGUAGUUCAUCAACAAGGGAACCAAUCUGCGCGUCCGUUGCAAAGUGUGGUUUACACUGUUCACCUUGUUGUGCAGAAGACAGAAAUGGAUGUGUACAAUGUAACUGUGAGCAUAUCAUAGAAGACAACUUUUGGAACUGUCAGAAAACUCCUGCUCAUUGUGACUCGAAAUGCAUAGUUGAAGAAAUAUACGAAGGAUGCUACGUUUGUCGGUGCGAUGGAGAAAGUAAAAUACCUGAUUAUCCUUUCCCAGAUUAUCCUUCAGCAUGUCUGGAGGUAAAAAAAGAAGGAAACUGCAAUGAAAGACUGGAACGCUAUUAUUACGACGUAAUAGCAUCUCAAUGCCGAACAUUCAUCUAUACUGGCUGUCAAGGAAACCACAAUAAUUUUCAAACUUUAAGGGAAUGUCAAGACAAGUGUCAAGUUUCAGAUAACCAUGCUGUAACCGAACAGUUUCCAAGCUUUGCUUUUGGUGAUCCCUCAAGUUCGUGCAUGUUGAAAGAAAAUAUUGUGUUGACAACUAUUCUAUUAAUGAUCCUUUGCACACUUUCAAAAUCCAAAACGUAACAUAUUUGCUGAUUUCUUCCAUUUUAGAUUAAACUUACUAAAAUUGCAUUUUUAUCAAGAGCUUUUCAUGUUUGUAAAAAUAGUUGGACAUUUCUUAAACUUCACAGAAAUCAGAACAUUAUUUUAUGCUUGUAUAGUUUUUGUGA